AUGGCUAGGGGGAAGAAACCAGUUGCUCGGCCUCAUCCAACUGCUUCAGGGCUUGAAGAUUCUUCAACUGCAACCUCACCUUCUGCUCCUCUUCAAAUUGAAGCUCCAGCCACUUCAAGCCAGCAAGCUCCUGUAAAUGAUGAAGCUCCUGCAACUCAAGCAGGUUCUGCAACUCAAGCAGGUUCUGCAACUCCAAGUGAUUCUGCUAAUCCGGUUAGUUCUGCUAAACGUAGUUUUGUUUGGGAACAUUUUAAGGAGUAUGACAAGAUUGAGAAGGGUAAAGAUGCUGAAGGGAAUGAGAUAGACAUUGUUAAAAAAAGAGCUCACUGUAUUUACUGUCCUAGAGGGAAAAUUGGAGACUUUGCAGUGGAUAGUUCUAAGAAUGGGACUUCGGGGAUGAUUAGGCAUAUUAAUCAAUUUUGUAGGUACUAUCCACCUAAUAUUAGCAAGACUCAGAGGGUUCUUGUAGGUGAUAAGUCUCAGGGAAACAAGCUAACUGCAGUAGCUUAUGAUCAAGAUGACUAUCUAGAAGCUUGUGUAGAAAUGAUUGUCAUAGAUGAGUUGCCCUUUACCUUUGUUGAGAAGAAAGGUUUUAAUCGGUUUUGUACUAGAGUGUGCCCUCUGUUUAAAGUACCCUCUCGUAGGAAACUAGUUACAAACUUUCUAAGAAUGUAUGAUGCACAGAAAAAAGAAUUAAUCAAGAUUUUGAAGGCUUACAGGGUGUGUCUUACAACGGACACUUGGACUAGUGUGCAAAACAUUAACUAUAUGGUGCUUACUGCCCAUUUCGUUGAUGUUGAUUGGAAAAUGCACAAGAGGGUUAUAAACUUUUGUGUUAUCCAAAAUCAUCAAGGGGCAACCAUAGGCAGGCUUAUAGAGUCAUGUUUACUGCAGUGGGAGAUUGAGAGAGUUUUAACCAUCACUGUCGAUAAUCCAUCUGCCAAUAAGUCAGCUUUAGAGUGGCUUAUAUCAAAGAUGAACAAAUCUGAAUGUUACAAACCAGUUUUAGGUGGUAAAUACAUGCAUGUGAGAUGCACAGCCCACAUAACCAAUCUGAUUGUGGGACAUGGCUUGAAGAGGCUGCAAAAGAGUGUUUUAGCCAUUAGGAAUGUUGUCAAGUAUGUUAGGUCUUCACCUAAUCGACUAGAUAGUUUUCGAAAAGCUGUGGAAAGGGUAAAGCUUCCUCUUAAAGGGCUGGUUUGUCUUGAUGUCCCAACAAGAUGGAAUUCAACUUAUCUAAUGUUGGAGGCAGCCUUAAAAUUCAAGAAAGCUUUUGUUAGGAUGGAGGAAGAUGAGGAUCAGCUGUAUCUAGGUUAUUUUAAGGAACCAGAAGAGGAGUAUGAUGAGGAGGGCAAUCUGAUUCCUAGUACUAACAAGAGAAACAGAGUUGGACCACCUGCAAAAUCAGAUUGGGAAAAGGCUGAGAUUUUUGUUGAUCUACUUAGAGUUUUUUACGACGUGACGCUGCGAGUUAGUGCAAGCUUGCAUCCAACUGUGCAUACGACAUUUCAUGAUGUCGUAACAAUGGAGAAAAACAUCAACAGCCUAUUCCUUGAACCUGAGAUAGCAACUGGUUCCGAUACAGAAAAUGUUUUAACCGAUAUGGCUGCAAAUAUGAAAUCUAGGUUUUUGAAAUACUAUGGCAGCUUUCAAGACCUCAACCACUUGGUUAUUAUCGGACUUGUACUCGAUGCAAGGUUCAAGCUUAGGAAUUACACACAUUCCUUGAAGGAAGAGGGUUUGGAUGACUUUGAUGUGCAACACAGAACUGAUGAGAUUAAAUCUCUAUUGAUGGCACUAUACGAUGAGGUACAACUCGAACUUUGA